GGAGCACUGGGGACCCAGCGACACGGUCCCGCCCUCCGGCCCAGGGGAGGAGCUGGGCAAAGCACAGGACAGUCAACACCCCACCGAGGGGCUCAGAUGUCUUCAGCAAGCACUCAGCGGGGUCCGCCCCUUCCCGUGUGCAUUCGCCUGUUCCCUGGGCGACAGUCAACAACAGGCAGGACCGGAAAACACAGCUGAGCGCAGAUGCUGCCCCAGCCUGGAGAGUCACUCUGAGCUCGGGAUCCGGUCGGGGACCUUAUGCAGGCUUUCCUGGGUCUCCAUCAGUCUCUCUCUUUUCUCCCUUUCGCUCUCUCCAGUGCCCCCAUGGACAGCCAACACGCUGGGUUCCCCAAAACCACAUCAUCCGGGUACCGAUUGCCCCCUACCAGGCCUCUUGCCUCAGUUUCCAGGGCCGGAGAUGGCCCCACAGCAAGCAGAGGUCUUGCUGGUGGCUGCCAGGGUCCCGCAGCCCUGGGUGUGCAGCAGGACCAGCUGUGGAGGGAGCUGGUGGAAGCCGAGGAGCGAGGCCAGCGGCGUUGGGAAAUAAGAAGGAGCCAGAGGAGCUGCCUGCAGAUGUCCCCUUCUUCUCAGACACACUCCCCAGCUCCACGAGCCAGGAGGUGGGCAGCAGGGUGGACACGCCCCUGGGGAGAGCCCUCACGCACAUGGACUUCUUCUUCGUGGAAGGCACUCGGAAGAAGAAGCCGGAGGAUGAGCUGCAGCCGGUGUAGAGAUCUCAGGGUGGACCGCAGCAGGUGGGUAUGGACUGGACCAAGCCCAGGCAGCCCUCAGAAGUGCCAAGGCCAGCUGAACCAAGAAAGCCUGAAGGAGAGUAUGGCAUGCCGCGUCUGCAUGAAUCUGCAGAUCACAGCCAGCCCCUCGUACCCUCCACCCCACAUACCACCCCCCACCCUCCACCCCCGCCUCCCAGUCACAUCUUCAGGCUCUUCAGGAAGGUACCUGCUGUGGACCAACACCGUCUCCCCCACGGGCUGA